UCCCCGGGGCCAUCGCCACCGCGUCCGCAGGCUCAGCCCGGCCCGCCGCCACCGCCGCCGCGCCCUCCCCGCCGCCGCCGCGCCCCCGCCCGGCCCGCUCCCAACGGAAAGUUGGGCUGCGGCGGGCGGCGUCUGGAAACAGCGAGCCGGCAUGAGAGGGGCUCGGGGGGACGCCUAAGGCGGCGGGAGGCGGCGCCGCGCGGGGACAACUUGACCCGUAGCCCCCGAGCGGGCUCGCGGUGGUUCCUCCCGGGUUCGGCCUCCCCCCAGCCCCGCGGCCACCGCGGAUUCAAGACGCGGACCUGGGUCCCGGCGGCUCCGUGGCGCUGACACGAACCCGCGUCGCCGCCUCCCCCGGUUCAGCCGCCUCAGCCCCGCCGCCACCGCUGCCUUCCCCGCACCAUGGAGUUCUCGGAGAGGAAAAGAAGCAGGAAAUCCCAGAGCUUCAAACUGGUGAGCCGAGAUUAUCACCAUGAGGUACAUAAGAUCUCAGAAUUCAGCAGCGAUGUUAAUGGGGAAGCCAAAGAGACACAACCCAUUUUUUUAGGAGAUGAAAGCAUGGAAAUUAAAAAACAAAUUACAGGAAUGAGAAGAUUACUGAAUGACAGCACUGGGAGGAUAUAUCAGCGUGUUGGCAAAGAAGGAGAAAAGUUAAAAGAAGAGCCCCAGGAUUUGGAUUUAGUUUGGCCUCAGCGUUUGAAUUCCUCUGCUGAGGCCCUUCAGAGCCUCCACCCUCCUUCACGUGGUACAUGGAAUGAGCUACCACCCCAAAGUGGGCAGUUCCCAGGACAGUAUGGCACCCGUUCUAGAACCUUCCAGAGUCAGCCCCACACUGCUGUGAGCUCCAACGGAGAACUUCCAGUGGUGAAUUCAUCAGUCGGAUCAAACUGCUGCACUUGUAACUGCCAGUCAACAUUGCAGGCCAUUCUCCAAGAACUCAAGACCAUGAGGAAAUUAAUGCAAAUCCAAGCAGUUGGAACACAAAACAGACAACAACCCCCAAUUUCCCUUAUGUGCUCUCAGCGAACUGCUGUCUCACGCAAGAGAAAUAAAAAGAGAAAAGUGCCCCCAAAGACUGUGGAGCCUGUUACUAUGAAACAGAAACCCAGUGUGCUAGAAACUGAGAAGCCAGCAGCAGGAACCACGGAGCAGCCUGAACUCCAAGCCACAGAGUGCACCUCCAUGGAAGAGAGCCGUGUCCUAGGAUUCGGUAUUGUUCUUGAAUCACCUUCCUCAGAUCCAGAAGUGCAACUUGCUGAAGGCUUUGAUGUGUUUAUGCCUAAAUCUCAGCUGGACUCUAUAUUGUCAAACUACACUCGCUCAGGAAGCCUUCUUUUUAGAAAACUGGUGUGUGCAUUUUUUGAUGACAAGACUUUGGCUAACUCCUUACCCAAUGGGAAGAGGAAAAGAGGACUGAAUGACAACCGGAAAGGACUAGACCAAAAUAUUGUGGGUGCAAUAAAAGUCUUCACAGAAAAGUACUGUACUGCUAACCAUGUGGAUAAACUUCCUGGCCCAAGAGACUGGGUACAGAUUCUACAGGAUCAAAUUAAACUGGCCAGAAGAAGGUUAAAAAGAGGCUCAGCAGAGGUAGCUGACGGUGAUGAAAGACUGGACGGCAUUUCUCUACCACCAACAGGAAAAAAAGCCUGAGGCCCAGAAACAUUAAAUGACUCCCAAGGUCUCACAGCUGGUUGAUGGCCUGACCGGAACCCAGGCCCCUGGACUCCCAGCCAUUACACCAUAGACCUUUCUUGUACCUAAGCCAAAGCCAGCUUUUCUGUGCAUGUUUCUUAAAGAUCCUAUGAGAUGAUGGAUGUACCAAUCCCUUUAGGAUUCCAUUUCCAUUCUCAGUCUUCACAGUUAUAAUGUUCAUUGUCAGUGUACCCAAAGUUCACAGAAGUUAAAGCUCAUUUAGUCAAGCCCUUUCUCAAGGUUUGCCCAAGGCUAUGAGGGCAUAAUGAAGAAAGUUGCAGCAGAACACUCCUGCAGAUCUUUUCACUAGACUACUGACAGCUAUCAUACAAAUUACUCAACAGCAUAAUAAAUAAGAAGCUUUAGUAUUUUAGAAAAGGGGAAAAGACGUCACAGAUUGGUGCUCAGAUUCAUAGUAAUAAAAUUAAAUAAUCUGGAGAGUCUAGCAUGUGUUUUGAUUGCCUCUCUGAAGUAAAACCCCAGUCUGGUGGCUUUGAAUGCAAUGCUAAUAUCCUUACAUGUGUCCUAAUAUGAGGGUCCAAGUGGUGAAUUCCAUGGACUGCAUCCUCUGACUCAGCCUCACUGGGCAGAACCAUGGGAGCCACUGAGGGCUCUGUUAAAGACCUUCACUUUCUUAUUUACCCGAGCUAGCCACAUUUUGUCCUUUUUAAUGAUUCAACAUUGCCUUUAUUGCCUUUUGAGGUCUUUUUUUUCUCCUUCCAAUUUUGUGGGGUAGGUGGGGAGGAAUCCUUAAUUGUUGCUGUGACCAGGAAGUAACCAUGGUAGGGUUACAGUCAGGCAGCCAAAUGAAAUUUGUUUCCAUCUACUGCAUUUAAAUAACCUCUAUUUGUCUGAUUUUAACAAAAAUGAAUACAGAUUGUAUAGUGAAGAAAUGUUACUGUCUUGAUUUACUUGAUUUAUUCCCACUUCAUCCCAUUCACUGAAUCUUUUGAGCUACUCCUGACCACCAGUCUGGUGUUGGGGUCUGGUGUAAAACGCCUGCCAUCAGACCAGAGUGAGAGGUGAAAAUGGCUACUUAAAAUGCUU